CGGCCAUUUUGGAUAGGGGCAGAGAAGCCGGUGCAGGCGAGCGAGAGCGACACACGCGGUGUGGGGAGGGGCUGGAGCGGGCUCUGUUUGAACUGAUAAUCAUGACAUCCAGCAAGUUUGUUAUUAAGAUGGAGACUGAAGCACAAGAUUAAGUGACAGAUUCACACAGGAAGUCUGUGCCAGAACAGGGAAUUGAACUCAGCUCUCCUGAGUCCCCUCCAUCCAUCCCUCAUCAGUUCAGCUUCUUAAGAUGAAAAGUUUAUUGCAGAUGGUCUGGAGUGGAUGCAGGAGAAGGGUCACUUACAGCCUUUGGAUGCCUUUUUCAUUAAGAAAAGUGCUUAUGCCCAUUAUAUUAAGCAUUGAGCUUGAGAACAUGGUAAAUGACCAUAUUUCAACUACUGUGUGGGAACUUUGCUGUCCUAGUGGAUUUUCAUAUUUUGCCUCAAGGCUCCAGUAGAGACUCCAGCUGGUUUUCAGAUCAUGAGAAGGAGGAACUGUGCUUGCUGCUAAAAGACACUAUUGAUUCAAGAGUCAAGCACUACUUAGAAGCUCGUAAACACCGUGGCCAGUGGAAACACACGGAAUGCACACAAUCCAGUCCCUUGUCCCUAAAAGGUGGAAAUUUUCACAUUACAGCCUACUUCAUAAAGAGAUGGGUCAAUCUCCGUUGUGUGGUGGGGAAGCAGUAUCGCGAGCUGCGUGUAUUUCCAGACAAAUUUGUGGUUUGUGUCACUAGACUUGAAUCUAAUCCCAGUCUUUGGACAAGCGAAAACGGAGCACUGAAAGAAAAGCUUUCUAGUGGGACCUCUGAAUAUUUUGCUGAAUCUACUGAAAACGAAAAGUGUAACAUUCCUCCGACUCGACAGAUAAAGCAAGACAUCUUGCAAAAGCUUGUGAAAAGGACAGAAACAAGGAACAGUAACAUGAGCAAACCUCAAACCAGCAAGGACACAAUGCAAGUGUAUCUUGGCUCAGGGGACUCGGCGACAGGGAGCAGGAAGAAGGAACAUCAAGCUCCUUCCGAUCCUCAGUCUGAAGUAAAAUGUAGGAGUAUAGGACACCCAAAGGAUUGCAUAAAUACAGCUGAGAGCAACUCGGAGCUUCCUGCCUUAGAACUGGAAAAUCAUGUUAAUCAGAGACAGCCAGAUGAUGCUAGCAGCCAGCAAAAACUUCACUCUGCAGAAUGGUUAAAGAUGAGACUUCUAAGCAGUAACCCUCCAUGUAGCUGUGAGUCAGCACUGCCAGAUCCAAAAGAAAGUCAAAGAGUGACUAAAACACAGAAUCAACAAAAGAGUUGUGGUUCAGGGGAAGAGUUAGACCAUUGCAAGAAAGUAUCUUCUGAACAAGGUCACUUAAUCCCCAGAGACGUAGAAAGGAAAAAGAGCAACUCUGAUUGUUUAGAACCAUCUUCGGAGGAGAAGUCCCUACUGAAUCCCAAGUUAUUUUCUAAGCAAGACUUGGCAAAAGCCAUGUCUGAUGAAGAGUCACUUACUUUAGGAAAAAUUCCCCCAAGACCUGUUUUCAUAAAAAAUAAUAUACCAGUAAUACAGACAAACCAAAAUGAGCCAGCCACAACCACUGAAGAAUUAUCCCUAAUGCCGCUAUCCUCUUAUUUAAAAUUUAACUUCAAGCCUUCAGAGAAACUUAUCCAAAAAAGAAAGAAAGAGGGAGAAGAUGGGCCCAGAAAGUUAAAACUACGGAGACUUAAGAAGUAAUGAUGUAUUAAAUUUUACCAAGGUGAAAUCAGUUAUGCAACCAAACCUGUAUUCAAUAGACAGACAUAUUUGGUGAGUUUUUAGGAAGCAGUUCAGAAUAAAAAGAAGUGAUCAAAA